CGGCAGAAGAACGUUUAUGCGGUCUUCAUCGGUUGUGUCUUUCCGCUCCGUACAAUGAAGGUGAUCCUCAAGACGGCAUGGCCCUCGACAAAGAUCGUACAAAGGCUUUCGUCCACGUACAGUGUGUAUCCUUGGAGUUACUUUCCGUGCCAGGCAAUGCCUGACUCAUACGACUACAACAACCCAAAUGUCACCUGCCAUCCGUCCGGCUAUACACACCCGGGUUCGCCAUAUCACCAGCAAAAUCAACCACCACCCUCCGACACCGGCAGUCCCUCGAGCGAUGCGGUUAUGAUCAAGAUCGACACUCCGUCACCGCUACGGGACGAUCAACAGCGCUACCCGAAGGAAAUAGGCAAAACGUUACUGGCGCUAGUAUUUCUGGCACUUAACUUUUUCCUCGCCACCGUAUCGCUUUCCCUCGUGCACGAUCGGGUACCGGAUCGGGAUACGCACGAACCACUGCCGGAUGCAUUCCUGGACCGGGUGCAGGCCCAGGAUUGGGCGCUUGAUGUAAGCGAAAUACUGAUCAUGGUGGUGGUGAACUCGUGCGUACUGCUGAUCACCUUCCACAAGCAUCGGUUCAUCGUGAUGCGGCGCGUUUUCCUGCUCCUCUCCGUUCUCUACAUGAUGCGGUCGGUUACGAUGUACGUCACGGUGCUGCCGGUGUCUAGCCGGACGUACUACUGCAGCCCAAAGUCAAACGCAAGCAGUGCGGGCGUUAUCGUGAAACGAGCGUUUCAGCUAAUCUCCGGCAUGGGUCUGUCGAUCAACGGCAAACAGAUCUACUGCGGUGAUUACAUCUACAGUGGCCAUACGGUAACGCUUGUGCUGGGCUAUUUAGUGAUAUCCGAAUAUUCACCGAAACGCUUCUGGCCGAUACAUUGGAUCUACUGGUUGGCCAGUUUGACUGGUGUGGUGAUGGUGCUGGUUGCGCACGGGCAUUAUACGGUCGAUGUACUAAUAGCGUACUACGCUACGACGCGACUUUUCUGGACGUACCACACACUUGCCAACAAUAGCUUACUGUUGAAGCAAAAUGGUAACAACUACAUCGGCCGAGAAUGGUGGUACUUCGGUUUCCGGUACUUUGAGCGCAACGUGCGCGGCCCCAUCCCGCUCCAGUACGACUGCCCACUGUCCCUACCGGCGUCCUGGACGAAGAAGUCGCCCAAGCUGCCGGGACGCGAAAGUUGAUACCAUCAUCAUCAUCACCGUUGGUUGCUGAUCGUCGACACAUCGUACCUCAUCGUGUUUGACGGGCCCACCCACCAGAGGAAGGAUU